ACCCCGCGCGCGGCGGUCGCAAAACUUGCGCUUUCCUCCCGCCCGCCGGCCGCCGCCGCCGCCUCCGCCCCCUUUCCACCUCCGGCGCGCCGCACAUGCUCCCCCGCCUCGCCCGCGCGCACCGCCGCGUCCUCCUCCCCACACCUCGCUCCCUCUCCACCUCCACCACCACCACCGUCGCCGCGCCGGCGCCGCUCUCCGCCGCGGAGCUCGAGGCGCUGCUCCGCCGCGACCACUACUCCGCCUCCACCCGCCGCUUCCACUCCCUCCUCCCGCUCCUCUCACACCCCUCCCUCCUCCUCGCCUCCGCCCUCCUCCUCCGCCACCGCUCCCACCCCUCCCUGCCCUUCUCCGACCAGCCCCCUCCUCUCCCCACCACCACCACCACCGCCGCCGCCGCCGCGCCGCCCUCCCCCUCCUCCCACCUCCGCCUCAUCCUCCCCUCCCGCCUCAAGGGCCGCCCGCUCCCGCUCCCGUCCCUGCCGCUCCGCCUCGCCAUGCUCUCCGCGGCCUCCGCCCUCGACGCCGUCUUCGCCCCGCGCGCCGCCACCUUCGCCUACCGCGCCCGCCACGCCGCCAUCCGCUACCUGCGCUCCAUCCCCAACGCAACCUGGUUCUUCCGCGUCGCCAUCCCGCGCCAGCCCUUCGCCCCCCGCCACGUCCGUCGCCUCCUCGACGCCAUCUCCGGCAAGGUCGACGACCCCGGGUUCCUGGACUAUCUGCGCGAGCUGUUCCUCUCCGAUGCGGUAGCCUUCGAGCUCGGCGGCUCCGAGCUCUGCCGCGGGCUCCCGCAGGAGUCGGAGCUCACCAGCACGCUGCUGAACAUAUUCUUUGAUCCUGUGGAUAGAGAGGUGAUGGCCCUCCGGGAGGAGGUGCACAAGAAGAAUCCCAGAGUCAAGGAUGACAGCGUUCGGCAUACGCCUGUGAGAGUGUACGCCGUCCGGUAUCUCGACGAGACGAUGGUUGUGACCUCUGGGUCGAAGAUGCUCACACUUGAGGUCAGAGAUAGGAUCCUCACAGUGUUGGAGAGGGACUUGGAGGUGAAGGUUGACAGGUUUGGUAUCUCAGUUCACAGUGCAGUCUCAGAGAAGAUGGAAUUCCUGGGGAUGGAGUUCCAAGCCGUGCCGCCGUCAGUCUUACACCCUCCCAUGUCUGAGAAGGCGAAGAGGGCAAGGAAGAUGUAUCUGAAGAGGAAGGCAGCGGAGGCGCAGGAGCUGAAGAAUGCUCGGGAGACACGGAGGAAGAAGCUUGGGUUGAAGAUACUGAACCACUUGUUCAAGAAGAUGAGGCGUGGGCAUGAGUUUGAGUUUGCCUUCCGAAUUGAGGAUGAAGUGCGGAAGGAGUUCAAGGGUUGGGCAGAGGAGACAGUGGCCGAAUACUUCAAGUCGCAGGAGCAUCGCCGUCAUUGGCACCGAUUGUUCACAUCUGGUGACUUCUUCUCACUGAAUAGGGUGAGGGAACAGUUGCCAUCAGCACUGGUGGACUCCUAUGAUCAAUUACAGGAAACACUCGACAGGUUCUUGAUGCCGAGGAGGGGGCAUGACAUAACUGAGGACGAGGAGAUGCUAGCAGAGGAGGAGGAUGAGAGACAAUAUGAGAAGAGGAUUGUUGAGGACUUGACAGAGUUGAAGAUGAGGGUCAAUGCACCAAUAGAGCUUGUAAGAAAGGCGGUAAAGUUGGCCGGGUUCACAAAUUCCAUGGGACGGCCACGGCCAAUAAAGCUACUUAUCUGUCUGGAUGAUGCAAAUAUCAUCAAAUGGUAUGCUGGUGUGGGGAGGAGGUGGCUAGAUUUUUUCUGCUGCUGUCGAAAUUUCAAGAUGGUCAAGAUUGUUGUGAGUUAUCACUUGAGGUUCUCCUGCUUCUUGACAUUGGCGGAGAAGCAUGAGUGCACCAAGAGGCAAGCAAUUAGCCAUUAUACAAAGGAUUUGAAGGUGACAAAUGAAAAUGGAGUGCCUGAAGUGUACUUUCCAACAGAGAAGGAGAUCAAGAUGAUGGGUGAUAAGAAUCUCUCCGAUCCAAAGCCUGUGGAUGGAGCCUUGACAAUGAUCUUGGUCAGGUUGGCGGUCGAUGACACCUCCCUCCCAUGCCUGGCUCAUUUUUGUGCUGGAACAGACACUGCCCUUUACCGGAUACGUCUUUUGCAGAAUCGCCUAAAUGUCGAUCCUUUGAAUGAAAAGAAGUGGGUCCAAGGACUAAGUGCCAUUCAUGAGAGCCUGAACAAGAAAUGCCUCCCACUGUGCUCCAUACAUGCAAGCGAUCUACUUCUUGGCAAGAUUACUCUCCAAGAUAUUGAUUGUACUCAGUUUGUUGAUGUGGUGUGAAAAGAAAAAACAACUUGCACGAUACCUCAUUCGAAGCACAAAGCUCACAUAAAGCUGCAAUACUGCAGUGCUUGCCAAGUGUAUUUAGUGCUGAUUGCAUUUGGCACUGUACAUAUCCUGGAUAUCCAUCCUGUCAUUGGGUAGAGCAAAUACUGAUUAGAUUUUUUUCAGAGGAAUGAUGUGGUAUGCUAGUUUUACAAUUGCAUGUGCAAACUAACUUCAUAUCAGUUUUACUCAGGUAGUUCUUUGGUGGGAGGUUCUUAUUGCUACGAGAUCCAUCUUAGGUCAAUAUUCAAUCAGAGCAAUAUUGUAUGUUUAUUUGUUUUUUCCAUCUAUGAAUGCAUAAGUGCUUCCUUUUGCCUUUCAGUACUCCACAUGGGCUUCACAUGGUAAGUAAAAUUGAUCAGGUGCAUCCUGAUCGAGCCAUUGACCCCCUUGGAAUUAUAUGUUCUGUGAGCAAGUUGACAUACCAGUUUCUCUGGUACAGUAGAACUUAUUUAUGGCUUGUUGGUCUCUUCUCGUCAAAUGUUCUGUCAAAUGUUCUGACCAAAGGUUUAGUGUUUAUCCUUCAUUUGCAAGAAUACUAGGUGUCGGCUAUGAUUUUGAACACCGAGGGAUAGACCUAGGAACAAAUGAACCACACAAAUUGCACAAAGAAUUUCACUCGAAUCACCAGUUACAUAUUUUAGACAAGUUAGUGGCUGGCCCAUUGUAUCAGUGUGCUAUAUUUGGUAGGCUUUGACAUGAACUUUUGGAAUUGCUGUGUUCCGGAUGCAUCAUCAUCAUCGUCCUGACGGUGCACACAGACAGAUACCCUUAGCCUUUCAGGAGGCUUUAAGAAUGUAAAAUUUGGUUGAUUAGAUCAAUGUUUCGGCAAUUUGAAUUUGACCUAUUCUCCAAUCCAUCCACCUGUUCUUUUUCCUGUGCAAUAUUCAUAUGCAGGAACCUUGCAGUGCGAUUUAACUCAUGAAGAUGGUCGAAUCAUAUUUCUGUGUGAACAAAGAAGCUGUAGUUAUUUGUGUAGAUGUUCGUAUAGUGUACUUAUGUACAGAGUUUGGUGGUAACAUGCAAAAGGAUUCAGAUUUGUGAAGUUAACUAGGAGUAAAUUAUAUGGUUAGAAACAUGCCUUUUCUUGCUCACGGAGUUUCGGGUCCUGCAGAGGGCUGGGGUAGUACAUAUCAUGACUGUUAUGAUGAAAUAGCCAUACACUUCCACUAUGAGGUUUACAAUAUUUAAAUAAUUCAGGAAAUAGGUUCCUGUAAUAGCUAGCUGGCAAAACUCAGUCUGCCGUGCCACUUUUCUGUUUGUGCUGUUCUUUGUUCUGUGGGCCUGGCUCAUAAACUUCACUAGGUAUAACGUUUGCUAGUUGUAGCUCAAUUUGGAGAGUAGUGAGGUGCGUGGCUGCUUUGGGGGUGUACUUCCUCGGGUUCUCUUGCCUGGGAAACCAUUUGUGAUUGUGUGCUCCUUGUGGUGACGCCCGACCAAUUAUUUAUGCUGCCUACACCCCUCUCACCCUCUGUUUCUUCCAUGUCUACUUUCUGUGAGAAAAUCGGUUUAGCUAGGCGGCUGUUUUCGGUUUUCUGUAGUUUUCUUAUAAAUGUGACUAUGGAGUAUGAUAUACAUGCAAUUCCUUAUCUGGUUUCUUUGCAUCGAGCUCAAUGUAAUAUCAAUAUUUUUUGCUGCUGCUGUCAUCAGACAUCCUCACUUCACCUCAAACAUUGCUCCCAGUGCUCGCCGCUCGGGCUGUGGAAGAUGCUCCACUCCUGAGAUCUCCGACCAUCUGUUCGUUGAUUGCCCUUUUGUCGACUCGCAACAUUCUCUGAAAAGAGGGCUUGAGACCUAUGGAUUGUUCAAAACCCACUUGCUCUUCACCCACAUACCUAGAGCAACAUUCUUAUUAUCCUCCUUUGGCUUGUCUGGUCUAAUCUGCCAUAUUUCUCUUUGUCGGCGACAUCCUUUGGCAUUGUGAUGAAGAUAUUGCCUUGUCUUGUCGAAAAAAAAAAGAUUCGAUAACACUGCUGGCUCUUGGCUAACUGAAGCUCGAAGCUUCCUGCUGUCCCCUCUCUCCUGAUUUUUUGUUUUGUUUUGAUGGACACUGAGUUGUAGGCUUGAGCCGCCCUAUUAUUAUUGGGCCUCUUCUGUCCUCCAUAGAUAUAUCCAGAGGCAUGAUACUGUCAAAUCUUCCUCCGAAGAAAUUAGUGAUGCACUUGCCAAGGAAGGAGAAGAUUUAGAGAUGAUGCUAACAUGUUGAGAACUUGUAUUAAUGCUCCAAUAAUUCCUAAAGUUCAAUAUUAUUCUCCACAAAUGUAUUUAAGUUAAACUACUUAAUUUUAUUAACACGCUUGGUGAGCGGCAAUAUUAGGAACGCAAACUCAUUAAUUCAAUAGUUUUAUCGUUGGUUUAACUCUUUGUAUUUUUGCCUUUUUUGUUCACACUUGUAUUUAUGUAAUUUAUGUUUCAGGUCCAAACGGAGUAGAAAAACUGUACUACAAACGUUUUCCAGGGUAGACAACAUGUUGGUGCCUGAAGCCACUCUGCGGGGCACGACAAAGACGGACCGGGAUCAGGAGACUUGCCUCUUGGCAGUCACGGCGUAACAUGCGCGCACCCAUCUGCCGUUCAAAUAAGAUCCAAUGGCACUGAGUGGCCCAAGUGAAAACAAGCCACUUCGUUCCUGAUCCAAAGAUUAACUAGAUAUAAUUAGCUCACGAGGCUAUAAUCUCCUUACUUGUAAAUGAUGUAGCCAUGUUGUUUAAUGAAUAAAGCAGAUUUAACUUUUAAAAAUAUAGUGGACGGUUUGCCAGAAUAGAAUCUGCAUCAUGC